CGUGGUGUGAGCAAACAGAUUCACAACUCAAAGAAGUGCAAAUAUUGUUUUUAGAGAAGAGAUAUGGAUAUCCCUAGCACUUUAAUUUUGUUGGGUUUAGUGACAGCUCUUUUAAUUUUGCUCAGAUGGAGGAAUAAGCCACAUAAUCUUCCUCCAGGACCUACAGCUUUGCCUCUAAUAGGAAAUAUUGUCAGCUUGGACAACCGGGCGCCAUAUAAAACCUUUUUAAAGUGGAGUGAGACUUAUGGUCCUGUGAUGACGGUAUAUUUGGGAUCCCAACGAGUCAUUGUCUUGGUGGGUUAUGAAACUGUGAAAGAAGCCCUCAUAGACAAUGCAGAAGAUUUUGUUGGCAGAGCCCCUAUUCCUUUUGCACAAAAAAUUCUGAAAGGCUAUGGCAUUACAAUUAGUAACGGAGAGCGUUGGCGUCAGCUGAGGAGGUUUACACUCACUACACUGAGAGAUUUUGGAAUGGGACGCAAGAGGAUGGAGGGGUGGAUACAGGAAGAGAGCAGACACUUGCUGGAGUCUAUGAAAGAGACAAAUUCUGCUCCAUUUGAUCCCACAUUCUUCCUGAGCAGAGCUGUGUCCAACAUCAUCUGUGCACUGGUGUUUGGCCAACGGUUCAGUUAUGAAGAUAGCCACUUCCUGCGCCUGCUCCAGAUCCUCACUGGAGUAUUUCGGUUUGGCAGCAGCACAUGGGGACAGUUGUAUAAUGUUUUUCCACGGCUGAUUGACCUACUUCCUGGUAAUCACCUUAACGCUCUGAGUGACGUGGACGAAAUCAAGUCCUUUUCUCGAGACAAAAUACACGAGCACAUUGAAAGUUUGAAUCCCAAUGAUCCACAAGACUUCAUCGACUGCUUCCUCAUCCGACUCAACCAGGAAAAGGACAAUUCCAAUACAGAGUUUCAUUAUGAAAAUUUGAUUGCCAGUGUCCUAAACUUAUUCCUGGCUGGGACUGAGACCACCAGCACAACUCUCAGAUAUGCUCUGCUGUUACUGAUCAAGCAUCCUGAGAUACAGACUCGCAUGCAGAAAGAGAUUGAUGCUGUUAUUGGACAAGAGAGGAACCCCUCAAUGGAUGACAGGAAGUCUCUCCCUUUCACUGAUGCAGUAAUUCAUGAAGUGCAACGCUAUAUAGAUCUAGUGCCACUUAAUGUUCCUCAUUACACGACCCAUGACGUAAAAUUCAGAGGCUACACAAUUCCAAAGGACACAGUAAUCCUCCCCUUGCUUUACUCUGUUCUGCGGGAUGAGGAACACUGGGAGAAGCCCUGGACAUUUGAUCCAAAACACUUUUUGGACACAAACAGCAACUUUAAAAAGAAUCCUGCAUUCCUGCCCUUUUCUGCAGGUAAAAGGUCCUGUGUAGGGGAGUCUCUGGCACGUAUGGAGCUGUUUAUUUUUCUAGUGACUCUGCUGCAACAUUUCACUUUUACCACACCUGGAGGAUGUGAGAGCAUUGACAUUACUCCUGAAAUCAGCGGCUUUGCUAAUCUGCCCCACAAUUACCAGCUUAUCGCUACCCCUCGCUGAACUAGGACUUCAGACUGAUAGCAAAGAUUUUCUAGCAUUAAGGCAAACAUUCAAGCCAGAGCCAGUAUUAUAAAAAAUAAUUACUCUGUUCUCUUCAGUGCACAUAAAGAUAACAUAAGGUCCAUUAUAUGAUGAAAAGUACAUGGGCACCCUUACCAUCACACAUAGGCAUUUGGGAAGAACUGGAAUGAUGCCAUGCCAAACAUUAUUUUCUGACCUUAAUAAUAAUUUAAGCCUAUUUUCACAGCCACACUCCAGAAUCUAGUGUAAAGCCUUUCUAGAAUACAGAUGGUCCCAAUUUUUUAUGGGGCUAUGUCCCAUUAAACCCAUAAUGAAAAUAUGUAAAAAUCAAAGCUUAGCAAGGCCUACCCUGCCUUCUUCUGAUGUGACUGUUCUCCUACAAGGACCUGUCAUGUUUUUCUUAAAAACAUUGUCUAUAAAAAAUAUCCUUGUAUGAAUCCCACAUAAGGAGCAUUAGGUAUAAUUCUUUUGCCAAACUUCUUUUAUUUUUUUGAGAACACUGACUUCAAAGUAAUCAGACACUAAAAAAGAGAAACAGUGAGGCGAAAAUGCAAUAUAUAUUGCACAUAUAUAACAGAAGAGUUAGGGUCUUAGGAAUAUAAAAUUGAAAUUAAAAUGAUUAAUUUGUCACACAUGACAAAACCAUAAACAGUUUUACAUGCAGUGAAAUGCUUAUUAUGACUAUCCAUAACCAGAAAAAAUGUAGAAGGGUGUAAUGUAGUAAAGUAAUAUGAUUAAAUAUAGAAUUAUACUUGUCUAUUGUGUACCAAAAAUGUAUGCUGUGUCGGUCCUGAGGAUUUUAGAAUUUGAAUUUGUUUUUGAUGGCAUAUUUUUCCUAAUUUGUCAUAGGGCAAAGCCUAUUUUAUAAUAUUCACUGGAUUCGAAUGAGUGUAAUUGCACAUCAACCCACAUUCUGUUAUCCAUAGAAUGUACACUUUUAUAAAGAUGGACAUCAUUUCCAAUAAACCAUUACCCAUCUACCUCAAAAUUAAUUACAGAUUUCUAUUAAUGUACAUGUUAAAAUGCAUUAUUGUUUAUAUACUCUAGUAGCAGCUUUUCCAUGGAAUUGGAAUGACUGUUCAAAUCUAAGUGUUAGCAGCUAUAGAUAAUAAUACAAUGUAUGAACAUGCAUUGUGGUGUAUUUAUUAUCAUAUGCCUAGUUGUCUGGUGUUAAUUUUAAUUUUAUACAGCAAUCAGACUUGAUUAAAUAUGAUAUUGGGUUUGAGGUCAGGUCUACAUUCCUAACAGCAGCCCAGAAAUGGCACUGGAAUCUGAGCAGCACUACUAUAACUUAGCUUAGCUGGAUCAUGUAUGUAGAUGCACCUGACCUCAAACCCAAUAUCAUAUUCAGUCUGAUUGCUGGAUAAAAGUAAAGUUAAUACCGGACAACUAGGCAUAUGAUUAUUAAUACACCACUAUGCUUGUUCAUACAUUGUAUCAUAGCCUAUCUAAUGCAGUAUUAAAUAUAGUAUUUAAAAAUUAAAAUGAAAUUCCAUUGUUUUAGUGCGGUGUUUCAGAAAAUGUAUAAUUAUGUACCUUGUGUGAUUUUUUGAU